GUACUUUUCCUGAGGUUCAGACGUGAACGAGCAAGUGUCCUAGUUCAUACAGAGAAUUUAAAAAUCAAAAUGAAUUUUUUUCUUCUUUUGGCGCUGUUUGUUCCUGCCGCUUUAGCAGCUCCUGUCUAUAAGACUGAAAUGUCUUUCACGUCCUUCCAGAAAAAUAUGGCUCACGAAGUGGAAGAUCGUAACAACCCGGCUCUCGUCAAUCAAAUCGCAACUUAUGCUUUUAUGGCCAAUCUAAUCUUUUUGGUCUACAAAUGGCGAAUUAUUUUUUGUGUGAUUGAUCCUACGACAUGCGGAUCUACUAAUAUUAAUACUACUAAUGUUCACAUGUACGAAACACUCGAAACCCCGCACAUACUCGCCGCUACUGAUAUGAUCAUGUCCAAUCUAAGCCCUCAAACAGUCGUUCCUUUUAGUUCGAUGGACUUGACCAGCGCUAAAAGUGAUACGCCUGUUAUUAAUGCACCAGCUGUACAGCAGAAUCCCUUUAGGUACUCUGAAUUGAAAGUUACAUCUCCUGUAACACAGACUCAGAUGACUACCCAGCACAACAUUGAAUUCCAAGGAGAUACGAUCAGAGGUCAGAACCCCUAUCAACCAUUUCCCGUCCAUACCUUUGCUCCAUAUUCAAAAUUCAGAUGGCCUACGUAUCCUAACUCUGCUACUAGGAUUCUUCACCCCUAUUUGGAUUUCUUUUUAUUUGACACGAUAAGUCCCCAUAUUCUGAAGUGAUCGCGAUACAAUUUUGUUCACCCUUUUUUCUCAACGUGUUACUAGAACAUUAUUGCUAGUGGGACUUUAUCCUCAGCAGCAAGCAGUACAUUUGGUUGUCUUUGUGGUU